AUGUCCACCCAAAUCAAAGUAGACAUCAAAAAAGCCUACGACGCCAUCGCCCCCAAAUACCUAACCUGGACCGAACCAACCCACCACGUCCGCCUAUCCUACCUAAUAAAACUCCUCUCGAACCUAGCCAUCCCCGAAUCCCCAUCCCCCUCUGCCCCCCCAACUACAAUCCUCGAAUUAGGCUGCGGCGCCGGCAUCCCCGUAACACAGCACCUAUCCACCCUCCCCAACACAACUGUCACAGCCAACGACAUCUCCUCCACGCAGAUCGGCCUUGCCCGCAACCGUCUGCCCGCCAGCGUCACGCUGCUGCAGGGCGAUAUGAUGGAGUUGUCGUUCGCGCGGGAAUCGUUUUCUGCUGUGCUGGCGAUGUACUCGAUUUUUCAUCUCCCCCGGGACGAACAGGUGACCAUGUUGGAGAGGGUGUACGGGUGGUUGAAGCCUGGGGGUUGGGUGUUGGUUAAUUUUGCGGCGGGGAGGUUUGAGAGUGUGAGUGAUGAGAAGUGGUUGGGUGGAGUCGAGGGGGUUAUGCAUUGGAGUGGGUGGGGGGUUGAGGGGACGAGGAAGGUGCUGCAGGAUGUUGGGUUUGAUAUUCAAACUGGGGAGGUUGUUGCUGAUGAGGAGGGGGAGGAGGAUGGGAGUGUGAAGGAGGUGGAGUUUUAUUGGGUUUUGGCGAGGAAGGGAGGUUGA